UUCGCUCCCGAUGGCAGGCGGGCCCCGUGAUCACCGUGAAGAUCCCGAAGGACCGGGAUGGACGGCCCAAGCAGUUCGCCUUCGUGAAUUUCAAGCACGAGGAGUCGGUGCCGUACGGGCUGCGGCUGCUCAACGGGAUCAAGCUGUACGGGCGGCCCAUGCGCAUCCAGUUCCGAUCAGGGAGCAGUCAUGCUGCCCAGGAUACCAAUCCAUCCUGUUCCCAGCUCGGAGCUGCUGGCACCAACCAUCCUGGAAUGCCUCAUCCAGCAUCCAACAGCAGCAGGUAUGAGAGGGUUCCAGAUAGCAUGGCCUCACCGGGGUUCUCGUCAAGCCUGCAGAGACAAGCGGUGAUGAACAGUGCGGCUCGGCAGCAGCCCCAGUUCGGGGGGAAAUACGAGCAGUCCGCUUAUGCCCCUCCUGGCUACUCCCACUCCGCCCACGCCCUGCCGGGCUCC